AUGUCUUCUUGUCAACAAUGCAGUUGCAAGAACUUCCAGGCCAACAGGUUCAAACCUUUGUACUGUUCCAUAUGUCUACAUAAUCAUACACAAAAAACAUCAUCUCUACAGCAACUGGUCCACAAUGACGCUGUUGCCAAGCCAAACACUACAACACCACCAGUGACCUCAACCCAGCCCAAGCUUGCCAAGUCAUAUUCAUUUUCUGGAUCCAGUCCUCAAUCACCUCAGCCAUCAUCAUCACUGUCCACCUCCACCAAGGCAGCACCUCCACCUACGCCUCCAAAGACUACAUCUUCUACAUCCAUAUCAACAAAGGAUCGUCCCAAGGCACAGGACUUCUCCAAGAACAAACCAGCGGCAUCAACAUCUAAAUCAUCAAAGUCCAAGAGCAACAGCAGCAGCAGCAACAGCAACAACAACAGCAACAGCUCUUUGAAGACAAAGUUUGCAGGAUGGAAAGGCGCCAUUCAGGGCAAGGUGAACAAUUUGAUGGGCGAUGGAAGUGGUGGAUCUGAUGAUUCUUCAAGGUCAGGUGAUGCUGUUAUGGAGAUUUCAGGUCCAACAGACUACAAACACAACACUCAUAUCGGUAUCACUUCAACCGGUGCCAUCGAAACCAACAACAUCCCAGAUGAAUGGAAAGAGAUAUUCAGACAGGUGGAUCAAGCUUUGAAAUCUCUUGGCAAGAAGGGUGUCUCGAGAAAAGAGGCCGCACUCAUCUUGAACGCAGUACUUGCUGGCCAAGCACCAGCAGGAACAAAGUCUCUCCGUAGCACACCGGGCACUCCACCCUCGCUUCCACCAAAGCCGACCUCUCCAUCCACAGUCCAGACUCAGUCCACUGUCAAUUUGAACAAAUCGACACCAUCCAAUACCUCGGCAACUAGCUUCACAAGCUCACUGUCCACCUCAAGUCAAGCAACGGCGGUCAAACCAAAGCCACUUAUCCCAACCACUCCACCACCAAGCUUGCCCAAGCAUCAGUCCAAUGCCAGCCUCACUACCAGUACAAGCACAACCAGCUCUGCCAACAGUACGCCAAACAAGGCAUCGCCAAUGAUUUCUUCUACAAACAACACUAUCAGUGUCUUUGAGCACGAGCAACUGAAGGACAAGCUCAGACAGAGUGAGCAACGACUCAAGAGUCUUGAGCAGUCUGCCAAAACAAACAAUGUCAGUCAGUUUGAGCAUGACCAAUUGAAGGACAAGCUCAGGGAGACAGAGACAAGACUCAAGAACUUGGAGCAAGCAUCCAAGUCCAGCACCCUGAGUACUCUAGAGAAUGACCAGUUGAAGGAGAAACUAAAGGAGAGUGAGGCUAGGAUCAAGAACCUCGAGCAAUCAUCAAAGUCUGGUGUGGCCAGCUCAUUCGAGAAUGAUCAGCUGAAGGAGAAGAUAAAAGAGAGUGAGACCAGGAUCAAGAAUCUUGAGCAAUCCCUCAAGACAACUGUCAGCAAGUUUGACUUUGAGCAACUACAGGACAAGUUGAGUGCAAGUGAGCAGAGGUUCAAAGCAGUCGAGAAGUCAAAGUCAAGCGAGGCUUCGGUCAGUCUAUUCGAGUACACUGCCUUACAAGAGCGUCUGGCGGCAAGUGAACAACGCUACGCCCAAUUGGAGCAGACACUAAAGUCAUCAGAGAAGGAGGUGGCAAGUGUGGCCAGCAAGUAUCAGGCUUUGGAAAGAAGCAACCAGAUCCUCGUCAAGCAACAUAAGGAUCUGGAGACUGACUUUGGUCAACUCAAGAAGACUGCACAGGAGAGUGAGCGUAAGAAGGCUAUUGACUCUGACAAGAAGCCUUUGUUAGACCAGAUUGCAAUGUUGGAGAAUAAGAUCAAUGACUUUGAAUUGGAAACCAAAUCAAACCAAAGUCGUGAAGCAACCCAAACAAAGAGAAUCGAGGAGCUUAUGAGGUCACUGAAGGAGAUGGAGCAGUCCAACUUUGAUCUGUCUCUCAAGAACAAGGAGGUUAUGGCAGAGGUUGAAACUGUCAAGUCGGCAUUCUCAGCCGAGCAGACCUCUCAGCUAAAGGACAUGACAUCUCAGCUCUCAAAGAAGGAGAAGGAUCUGAGGGAGUCGUUCGAGGCACAGUACAAUCAAAAGCUCAAGGAGCUCAAGGAUGUCAACGAGCAACUGUCCAACAAGCUCACUCAGGAAUCAAACCGUGUGUCAAAGGCAGAGGUAGAGUCACAGUCAAAGCAACGUGAGUUUAUCCUGGUGUCCAAGCAAAAGGAUGAGAUUUCCAAGCUACUCGAUCAAUCACAGAGCACCAUCGAUCAAUUGUCCAACGAGGUCGAUUCACAGGCACAGACCAUCAAGGGUCUCAAGUCAUCCCAGGCUCAGUCACAAUCCAUUUUGUCAGAUAGCAACAAGCAAGUGGAGGACAAUCUGGUACAGAUCAGGAACCAAUCCAAUCAGAUAACCAAGUUGUCGGCACAGGUCGAUGAGCAGGUUGGACAGUUGGACAAGUACAAGCAAGAGGUUUCAAACCUUCGCCAACAACUUGGAGCAUCUCAGCAGAAUGCACAGUCCUCUGAGCAAAGUGCUCAGGUAAUCCAACAACAGAUCCAACAGUUGGACAAGUACAAGCAGGAGUUGGCCAGUGUCCGUCAAAACCUCCAGGAGACCCAGAAGGAAGCCCAACAACAAGUGCAUCAAUCACAACUGUCUCACCAACAACUUUCUGAGAAGUACCAGAAGGAGAUCUCCAAUCUCCAACAACAACUUCACGACGCUCAGAAGCAGACUCAACACAGCAACCAGGAGCACUUUGAGAAGUACAAGAAGGAGAUAUCCAACCUUCAACAACAGCUACUGGACAGUCAAUCCCAAUCUCAGCAGACCCACCAGCAACAGUUGGACAAGUACAAGCAGGAGAUUGGAAGCCUCAGACAACAGUUGUCAGAUUCUCAACAACAUCAACAACAACAGGCACAGUCUCACCAACUUCAACUUCAAAAGCUACAACAAGCCCAACAGGUCCAGGUUGUUCAACAACCAACCACCCCACCACCUCCUCCUCCUCCAAUGCCCACUGCACCACCUCUUCCACCACCCACCACCUCCUCCUCAAAGGCCAAGCCAUCCGAUGGCAACCGCACUGCACUGUUGGACGCCAUCAAGAAUCCUGAAGUGUCCUUGAGAAAUGUUAGACAGUCGAUGUUGAUCAAACACGAUGCAGCUCAGAGUGGCGAUUCAAACGAUAUGGUCAACAUUCUGGUUAAAGCUCUGAUUGAUAGAAGAGCAGGAAUGAACGAGGAUCAAGACGACGACGAUGAAGAGGACUUUGGAUGGGAUGAUUAG